AACUCUAAUAACUCUAACGAUACUAGUGACAUUACUAUGCUAGUAAAUACCACAGUGAACCUCCCAUCCGAACCUAUCAACACGGAUACCCUCUUGAAUACCUUUCUAACAGAAGAACCAGAAAUUGACUCAACUUUAACCACCACUCCUCUCGAACCAGAAACUGAACCAGACACUGAAGUUUACCAAAAAGUUCAAGACGAACUAACCCAAACCUUAACUCCUCAAUCAGAUACUCACCCGAACCCUUUUAUCG